GGCUGUUCCUCCCCACAGAACAGAGGCCCCAUCACCCCAGCACACACAUUUGCAGAGAGCGGGAUCCUCAGGCCUCCACCAUGUGGGCCCCUGCCUCCAGACCCUGCUCUUCUCCUCACCUGCUGCUGGUUCUGCUGUUGGGACUCACAGGUGUGGCCGGUGAGGCGGGGCUGCAGGUGAUCCAGCCUGACAAGUCAGUGUCUGUUGUAGCUGGACAGACAGCCACUCUGCGCUGCACCCUGACCUCCCUGAUCCCCACAGGGCCUGUUCAGUGGUUCAGGGGGACAGGGCCAGGCCGGGAGUUAAUCUUCAGUUCCAAAGGAGGCCACUUUCCCCGAGUAACAAAUGCUUCAGACACCACAAGGAGAAACAACAUGGACUUUUCCAUCCGCAUCAGUAACAUCACCCCAGCAGACACCGGAACCUACUACUGUGUGAAGUUCUGGAAAGGGACCCCUGAUGAUGUGGAGUUUAAGUCUGGACCAGGCACCCAGGUCACUGUGAGUGCCAAACCCUCUCUCCCCGUGGUGUCUGGCCCCACGGCCAGGGCCUCGCCGGAGCAGACAGUGAACUUCACCUGCAAGUCCCGCGGCUUCUCCCCCAGAAACAUCACCCUGAGAUGGUUCAGAAACGGGAAUGAGCUGGCAGCCUCCCAGACCAGCGUGGACCCAGAGGGAAACAGAAUAUCCUACAGCAUCUCCAGCACAACCAGACUGGUGCUGGCCCCGGGGGAUGUUCGCUCCCAGGUCAUCUGUGAGGUGACCCACGUGACCCUGCAGGGCGUCCCUCCUCUUCGUGGGACUGCCAACAUGUCUGAGGUCCUCAGAGUUCCGCCCACCUUGGAGGUUUCCCAGAAGACCCUGUUAGGGGACCAGGUGAAGGUCACUUGCCAAGUGAAGAAGUUCUACCCCCAACGCCUCCAGCUGACCUGGUUAGAGAAUGGCAACGUGUCCCGAACAGAAAUGGCCUCAAGGGCCUCGAACCUCGUAGAGAACAAGGAUGGGACCUUUAACUGGACAAGCUGGCUCCUGGUGAACUCAUCUGCCCACAGGGAAGACGUGGUGUUCACCUGCCUGGUGCAGCAUGACGGGCAGCCCGCGGUCACCAGAAACCAUACCCUCGUGGCCUCUGCCCACCAGAAGGACCAGGAAACCCAUAAUACCCAGGAGUCAAGGCCAUUUACUCCAUUCCUGAUGGCUCUCACCCUGGGCCCGAAGCUGUUGCUGCUCAUCACUGUCUCUGCUAUCUAUGUCCACAGGAAGCAAGCACCCGAUUGUGUCCCAGGAGGAAAAUAGCACCAAGGACAUAAGAAACACGUUGGGAACAUUUCUUGAAUGUUGUGCCCAUAAUCAACUGUGAACAUGGGUCCCACAGCUCCUCCCUUUCUCUCCUACUACAUGUCACCCUCAGUUUCUGCUCCUUCAGUCCUUGAGGGGUGCAGCCAAGGACAAGGAACAUUGAGAAACUUCCCAAUUCUGCCCCAAAUACCUUGCUUCUUCCAGAGACUCACCUGCCCACAGUCCCUUCUGCUCCUUCUCACAAUCCUUGAUGACCUCAGAGCUCGGUCUUAAUACCAAGUCCUCAGAGGGGCCGUGGGAACUUGCUCUGGGGACUGAUGCAUGGGUAUCUGCCUAAAUAUGAGAAAAGAGUCCCACCUACACAUACCAGGUGUCUCUCAUUCAUCAUCUGGGGACUGUGGGCAUGGACUGCAUGCUUACAUCCAUGUUCUUGGGAGUUAUUUCUGCCAACCCCCAGACAUUCUAGGCUUUGUGAGGUUCUUCACUGGGUCUUAAAUAAAAUGAAUCUCCUCCUGGUUUGAAGAAGAGAAAUGAUUCUCUUUCCUCUUUACCUUCAUGUCCUACUCCCAAGGACAAAACACCCUCCUCCUUGUGAUGGGAACACUAGCUCUUCUGUCACCUUCUUUCUUCCCAGCCCCACGGCUCAUGUACAUGAGCUGGCAGUCCAGAAGUCUGGAGCCAUCCUUGGUUUUCUUACUUUAUAUCCCAUAUUCAAUUCUGCCUUCAGAAUGCUGUGUGCAGUGGCCUGAUGGUAAAUGUGAAGCAGUCUACUCAGGGAAAGGAAAAAUAUCCUGAUUUGUAGUACUUGUAGACUUCCGUGGUGUCAACACUCCCAAUGUGACCAAUGACAAGCUAACAGUGUCUAUCAACUGUCUUAUAAAAUUCCUGAGAAGCUCUCAAGUGUGAGUGCAAGCCUCCUCCCAAAACCAGUGAGCUCCACUCAGAAUCUGUACAAUGCUUACCCCAAGCCUGCUCCCUGGUCCUGGCCAACAGCACUCCUUCCUGGACCAUUCUUUGUCUCUUACAGCUCUCCAGUUUCAGCUACAGUGAUUCUAUGGCAAUGGGGUCAAACUGUGUCUUUCCUCUGCUUCUUUCCCCUAAAGAUCUGCAUGACGCUCUCUCCCUCUC